AUGGCUUCGCUCACUCUCAUCAACAUUGACCAAAAGUCGAAAUGGCUGAAGCAAGAACCUUCGUCAAGCCUGACGCCGUUGCUCGUCUUGGCAUCUGGCGCCAUGCUGCUCCUGUCAAGCAUCGCCCAGGUGUGGAAUCGCAUCGUCGACUUUCUUAGGGACUUUGGGAGGCCUGUAAUUCAGAACGUGCCGCAAGUCCCAGGCUAUCCAAUUCUUGGCGUGCUCCCCCAAAUGUGCAACGAAGGGCUCUACUCGGCCACGAUGCGCGAGAUGUUCGACGCCGCCAAGGACAGCGGCAUCUCCUGCUCCUCUGUGGGAACGGUCCCAAUUGUCCUCCUCCGCGACCCUGGCGUGAUACGCCAAGUGCUCGUUCAGAACUCGGACAGCAUCACUCGAUUCGCGCCCGACGGCACCGGCCCCUUCGGCAUCAUGCAAAGGAUCACGGGAGACAUUGCCGCCUCGGCCAACGGACAAGACUGGCACCGCUGGCGGAAGGGGUUCCUCAAGGACUUUUCCAACUCUACGGCCCUCCGCAAAUCGUACGGCGACAUACUCCGCAUUGCCAAACACCACGUCGAGAAGAUGAAGACGGAAAAGUCCGGUACCGAUCUUCUCGACGCCAUGCAGGCGUACGCCCUCGACAGCGUAUGGUCCGUGACUCUGGGGGCCGACAACAUCUCCCAGUCGGCCGACGAAAUCCUGUCGGUCAUGUCCCGGUACGGAGAUAUCGUCGGCAGCCCCUCGCAUCUUUGGCGCCACCACAUUCGAAACUUUGUCUCAGGAAAGGCCUAUCGGGAACCAGACUACAUCGAGAAAAGCGUCGGAGACCAGAUCAACGGUGUCUUGGACAAGCUGCUCGGCAGUCACAUCGAAAACGUCAACCCCGAGGAGCACCCCGGAGAGGACCUCAAGCACAAUUUUCUGCGCAGAACAUCGAAGGAAUCCGGCGGCUCGCUCCAAUCCCCCAUCACCGAGGAUGUGCUGUCCCAGGCUCGACAGGUCUUCUCCCUGGGUCACGAGGCUCCCACCCUGGUUCUGUCAUGGGCCAUCUACGAGCUUGGUCGCCACCCAGAGGUCAUUGAAAAGCUGAGGCGCGAGAUUCAGGACAGCAAGGGCGAUGAUGGCGACCUUGACUUCGAGACUCUCCGGGGGCUGCCAUAUCUCGAUUCCGUGUGCCUGGAGCUUCUUCGCCUCCACUCGCCCAUUUCGGCCACGUCUCGCAUGGUAACGAAGCCGAUCGUGCUGGAAACCAAAGAUAAGAACACGGUUGUCCUGCCCCCGGGCACCCACCUAUUUGCUUCCGUUCACCUGCUGCACCACGACAAGCUGGUAUGGGGCGAGAACGCGGACGAGUUCGUGCCAGAGAGGUGGACCGGCCUGAAGCCGAGCAUCCUCGAGAGCCGUUGCGAAUAUCUUCCCUUCCUGGCCGGCCCGAGAGGCUGCCCGAGUGCGAGCUUUGUCUCGGUCCAGAUGAAGACGAUGCUUUCCGUCCUUCUUUCCCAGGUUGACGUCGAGCUCACGGAUUCUACCGGGGUGGAAAAGUGUAUCGGCGGUGUCGUUCGACCCUCCAAGCCUCUCCCGUACCAGAUUCACGAAAUUUGUGUCUAA